AUGCACAAAAAUGCCCUUUUUAAAGGUCGCAGCACUCUUGUUGCCAUGGUAACAACGACUGCUUGUUCGAGGCCUUGGGCCUCAUUUUCAUACAAAAACGUCACAAAAAAAGAGUGAAAUGUUUAUUUCUCUAUCUCAAGCUUAAUACAACAUUACAAAUUGGCACUUCUACCAUACAUAGUGACAUCAUUCGUCUUCACUUUGAUUCAUUCAAUUUUCCCUGAGAGUGAAUGUGAACACACCAAUAGAUUAUUCAUCUUGGUGGGCAAUCGAUGGAAACUUCAUAGAGAAAUAUAGCGUCACGCCAUCGUGACAACGUACAUGUUUAUGACAAAUGACCGGUGUGAGGAUAGUUUCAUGUAGAUCAGCCGACUUCAACUUUUUUCAAAUGACAUACGAGUAUAUCAGUGUAUCUUCAGAGGACUUCGGAUUGCUCAAAUUCCCAUGAAAGAAGGUGCAGCACUCGGAAUCUGGAUGAUAAGCACACGAUUUGAGGUAUAUGUUUGUAGUUAUGUCGAGUAG